UCUCUUUUUUUCUUUUAUCUUAUUUUCUCUACUUUUAACGCAAAGGAUCCCAUUUCAACAUGGCUCCUAAGUUAUCCCCCCUGCACACGCGUAUGUUCAAGGCAAAAGCCGCCAGCAAGCUGAGCUUUGAAGACAUUGGCAAAAGGAUUGGACGCGAUGAGGUUUAUGUUGCCUCCAUCUUUUAUGGCCAGGCCAAAGCGAGCGCAGGAGAAUUGCAAAAAUUAUCAGCAGUGCUUAAUCUUCCAGAAGCCCAUCUCAAAGAAGAAUUAGGAGACCAUUUCUAUCCGGAUAGAGGAGGCCUCAUGUCCGUUCCACCUACGGAUCCGGUGCUCUAUCGACUCUAUGAAAUCUUACAAGUAUAUGGCUAUCCGUUGAAGGCUAUCAUCCAUGAAAAGUUCGGAGAUGGUAUCAUGUCUGCCAUUGAUUUCACGGCAAAGGUGGAAAAGGAGGAGAACCCGAAGGGUGAUCGGGUCAAGAUUACGUUGGAUGGAAAGUUCUUGCCAUACAAUAAGUGGUAGUUUCCUCUUUAAUCUGCUUACUGCUACUUGGUUAUUGCUUCGCUUAAUGACACAUAUAAUUGUCUCUCUCUUUUCUCUCUUGCAUAAUAAACCGAUC